UUAGAAGCGGGAGACAGGGAGGAGGGCGGGCCGGGGAGAAGGGAUGCGGUUCGGCGGAGGCGGCCGCCACAGGGACUCGCCGCCAUCACCUCCGCCGCCUCUGCGGGAGAGGAGCCUCCGCCGGGACUGCCCUCCGCCGCCCCGCACGUCUGGUGAAGUCUCAUCUGUAUGGGAUAUUGCAUAAAUCUUACAAGACUGCAAUAAAGUGGCAAUGUCUCGGGAACCCACUCCACCUCUCUCUGGAGAUAUGUCUACUGGUCCUAUAGCAGAAAGCUGGUGUUAUACACAGGUUAAAGUAGUAAAAUUUUCCUACAUGUGGACCAUUAAUAACUUCAGUUUUUGUCGAGAGGAAAUGGGUGAAGUGUUAAAAAGUUCAACAUUCUCAUCUAGCCCAAGUGACAAAAUGAAAUGGUGCCUGAGGGUAAAUCCAAAGGGAUUAGAUGAUGAAAGUAAAGACUACUUGUCCUUAUAUUUGCUUUUAGUCAGCUGUCCAAAAAGUGAAGUUCGAGCAAAAUUCAAAUUUUCCCUUCUGAAUGCUAAAAGGGAAGAAACAAAAGCAAUGGAAAGCCAAAGAGCAUAUCGAUUUGUACAAGGGAAGGACUGGGGUUUUAAAAAAUUCAUUCGAAGGGAUUUUUUGCUUGAUGAAGCUAAUGGUCUUUUACCAGAUGACAAGCUUACAUUAUUUUGUGAGGUGAGUGUGGUCCAAGAUUCAGUAAAUAUAUCAGGACAUACUAAUACAAAUACUUUGAAGGUGCCUGAAUGUCGACUAGCAGAAGAUUUAGGUAAUCUCUGGGAAAACACAAGAUUUACAGAUUGCAGUUUUUUCGUGAGAGGACAAGAAUUUAAAGCUCAUAAAUCUGUACUUGCAGCUCGAUCCCCAGUUUUUAAUGCAAUGUUUGAACAUGAAAUGGAAGAAAGCAAAAAGAAUCGAGUGGAAAUAAAUGAUGUAGACCCUGAGGUUUUUAAAGAAAUGAUGAGAUUCAUUUACACAGGGAAAGCACCAAACCUUGACAAAAUGGCUGACAAUUUGUUGGCAGCUGCAGACAAAUAUGCACUGGAACGGCUGAAAGUCAUGUGUGAAGAAGCUUUGUGUAGUAACCUCUCAGUAGAAAAUGUUGCUGAUACCCUUGUCCUUGCAGAUUUGCACAGUGCAGAACAGUUGAAAGCACAAGCCAUAGACUUUAUUAAUAGGUGCAGUGUACUUCGACAGCUUGGGUGUAAAGAUGGGAAAAACUGGAACAGCAACCAAGCAGCGGACAUAAUGGAAACAUCAGGGUGGAAGUCCAUGAUUCAGUCUCACCCUCAUUUGGUAGCAGAAGCCUUCCGAGCGCUAGCAUCUGCACAGUGUCCACAGUUUGGUAUUCCACGAAAACGGCUAAAACAGUCUUGAAAUCUUCCACGAACUGUAGAAAAAUGGAAUUGACUUUUACUCCUCCAGGUCCAGAAGGAUUCUAAUACACAAACCAUAAGCAAGAGUUGUUUCUGUUGUCUUGUCCACAGAACAGAAGCUGAAAAAGCAUAUUGCUUGCAUUUCAGGUGGAUAAUUUAUGGUUUAUUCUUCAGCUUUAAAUUAGACUGAUUAUACUCUAAUUCACUUCAAGGCCUUAAAUUAUCUUCAAUGACUUCUCUUGUUCAUAUAAUUACUUUAAUUUUUUUAUUGUGCCUUGUCAUUGUGACCAAGGCUAUGCAGGAUUGCACUAGCUCCAUAAUGCAGUAAUAUCAAUAACUGAAGAUACUUAGUUUCAAAAAGAUCUUCCAUUAGUUUGAGAAAGGCAAAUGAAUUUUUUAGGGUUUGUCCUAUGCUAUCUUUUAGGGUUUAAAACUAGGUUCUCCUUAUAAAAGCACUUGUAUUGGAGAUUACUGUAAUGUCUCCAGUCUAAGUUCUAUAAAUACAGGAGAACCUGCUUACCUUCAAGGUAAGUUAUGGCAAUACACUGCUUCAAUUCUAACUUAUUUUUCAUUUCAGGGGGCAAAUAUGCAAUGAGUUGGCCCAAAUUUUUAGUAAAAUUUGUGAUGUUUAUAUGUUAACUGUCCAACUACUAAGAGAAGCAUAGCAAACCUUUGCUUGUGUUUCUUUGUGAGUUUAUCCAAGUUUACAAUGAUUAAGAACUGAUUUCAGUAAGAAGAAAGCAUGUUUUAUGCUGAAUUAAUUUCUUUAAAUUUAUAGUGACCUACAUUUAUAUGAAGAAUUCUGUACAUGUUAAAAGUAAGGAUGACCAAAUGUAAAUUUAAUGGGUGGGCCAAUUAAGAUAUAUAUGCACUUUUAAUGUGUAACUUUUGUAUGCUGAAUGGUACUUUUUUUUUUUUUUGCUUUUGAGGAAAUUAAUAAGGUAUAAUUAACUGUCUUAACUUCGGAAAGAAUUUUUUUAAGACAGAUGGAGGCAACUGGGAUGUUUGUGAUAACAGAUAAGAACGAUUUUCUUCAUUAUAGUUAAGUUGGUUUGAAUUUCAGAUAUUCAUUAUUGAAUUAACUCCUGUUUUAUCAUACUUUGGAGAAGGCACCUGAACAGUAGAUGAAUCCUGGCCAGUCUGUACUCCUAACAACAAUGAACUGGUAUUAUUUGCAGACAAAAGGAGAGAACCCUUAGAAAUAUGUCAGAUUACACUCUAAAACCUAUUUUCAUCCCUAGCUUUCUCCUUUCUGUCUCAGUUACUAUACCAACAUUAUGGAUGAUGUUGAAAUUCUGCAUAAUGUGAACAGGAUAAACUAUUUAUAAACUGCUUUUCAUGGGCCAGUUCUUUAUUAUAAAUGAAUUUUAGCUUUAAACACAUAGACAUCUUCAGUUUUUGAUAGCUCUGUUCACAGCAGAGGUCUGUUCUGGUGCAGUGUCCUGGAGAAAGCAGGAGCAAUCAGUGUCAAAUCACUGCAUUUUUUUUUUUUUUGUUUGUUUGUUAAUCAGUGGCAGUAUGCUUCUUGGGCAAGAUUUAUGUAUGACCACAAAGGGAAAAGGUGUCACUGGAAAAGAAAAAAAUGCAUAUACCUAUGUAUUUGCAUAUAUAAUGUUAUUUCCAGAUAAUUGGAAAACUCCCCUUAAGAUAGAAGAAAGAUUCUUCCACGUGAAUGGACUCCAUCCUGUGUAAGAGUAUUAUAGGGAGCAAAAAUUACUUCUUUAACUUCAUUAUAAGAUUGAGCCCUUUAAAUUUACAAUGUACAAUUUAAAAACACAUGCACAUACACACACACUUCAAGAAUUUAAGAUUUUUGCCAAGGGAGUUCCCCGGUGGUCUAGUGGUUAGGAUUUGGCACUUUCACCACUGCUGCCCAGGUUCAACCCCUUGUCUAGGAACAGAGAUCCCACAUCAAGCCACUGCAUGCCAUGG